CCUUGACCCGAUUGUGUCAUCAUCUACACACGGGAGCUUCAAAGGUCACUCUCUCGAGUCUCGCUUUCGUUGGAAUGAUCACCAUAUUUAUUCAUUCCCCGGACGUCUAAACCAGUGGAUGGUCGCCACCAUUUGUCCGUCCUUUACAACAGGCUCUCCGUGAGAGUAUAGACAAGUUUUUUCGAUUGUUUUCUUUUUCUUAAAAAAUAUGGCCGUGUUCGUGGAAGCCAAUCCACCCGAGAUCCUUCGAGCCUCCCAAAAGGAUGAGUCUUAUAUCAACACCAUCAAGAACGAACUGGCUGACAUUGUACAACGUCUUUUCGGAAAUCAGACAUGGCUGAAGGUCCAGUGGCUGUCGGACCUCACCUGUGUCUUCCUAUAUUACACCUUGACCACCUUGUUGGACAAUCAAACCCUCGGAGAGGAAUAUGUAGGGCUCAUACAAGUCAAUCCAACAUUAAGGGCUCUUCCCUCUAAAUUGACAAGGCUUACUGCCAUCACUCUGCAAGUAUUAGGACCACGGCUGUUCAGUCAAGUCAUGAAAAAGCUGGACACCUGGCUACGAAAUCCAGAAAACAUCCCUGAUUUAACACCCAAAGCCAGAGAUUACAUUGUAUUGCUGACAGAGCUGAUUCACAGCAGCAGUUUUUGGGUGGGGCGACUCAACUUGGUUUUAUUCUACAUGUACGGGAAAUACUACAGGCUAUCUCAAAGAAUGGCCAAGAUCCAUUACGUAUUCGCUACAGACUACUUGAAAACAGAAAAUUACAACCCAACAUUCAAGUUCAUUGGGCAAAUGGCCCUUACACACCUUGUUCUACUUUUACUUACAAAUUCCAUUACCAAAUGGAAAAAUGGCAAUUCUUUAAAAAAUUCCAGUGCAAUUUCGGUGGUGGACAGUUCUAGUGAAAAAUGUGCUGGCACAUCACCCUCGACAACAGCGAAAUGUUCCCUUUGUUGGGAUUCAAGAAAAAACACAGCCUGCACCCCAUGUGGCCACCUGUUCUGCUGGCAAUGUAUUUUGCAAUGGUUGCAAACCAAGCAUGAGUGUCCUCUUUGCAGAGAAAGUGUGCAACCUUCAAGAAUUGUGCCAUUAUUGAAUUAUGAAUAAUCUAUGUCAGAGUCCAAACAGCUAUUUUGUGAAAAUGUUUUGCACAAUGUGUUGAAAUAAAGCUCGCUAUGUUUUUGACGA